AGUAGACCUGGCAAAAGGAGGAAAAAGCCCUUGAGGGCAAUAAUCACCAACAGUGCAAGAAAUUUAGGAGAACUGUCAGAUGCUGGAAUCAGGAUCCGCGCUCUCCUCGCUGCAUUAAUCCUCGCUGCCCGGAAUAUUCUUCAGGCUCUAGGAUCUCCUCAGCCUCCAAGCACCUUGUCUUCUGCACUUCUCCACCAGGCCCUGACCCGGGCUGUGACCCGGAGUGGGCGGGACCUCUUUCAGGCUUUCAGCCGCAGCCGCGGCAGCUGCAGCCAUGGAGAUCGUCUACGUGUACGUGAAGAAGCGCAGCGAGUUUGGGAAGCAAUGCAACUUCUCAGACCGCCAGGCUGAGCUGAACAUUGACAUCUCACCGAACCCCGAGCUGGCCGCACUGUAUGUGGAGCGGAACCCAGUGGACACAGGCAUCCAGUGCUCUGCCAGUAUGUCAGAACAUGAGGCCAACACAGAACGGUUUGAGAUGGAGAGCUGUGGGGUUAACCAUGUCGAGGGGGGCUGGCCCAAGGAUGUGAACCCCCAGGAGCUGGAGCAGACCAUCCGCUUCCGGAAGAAAGUGGAGAAGGACGAGAACUACAUCAACGCUGUCAUGCAGCUGGGCUCGAUCAUGGAGCACUGCAUCAAGCAGAACAAUGCCAUCGACAUCUACGAGGAAUAUUUUGAUGACGAGGAGGCCGUGGAGGUAACUGAAGAGGCACCUUCAGCCAAGACCAUCAACGUCUUCAGGGACCCUCAGGAGAUCAAGCGGACAGCCACACACCUCUCCUGGCACCCUGAUGGUAACAAGAAACUGGCAGUGGCCUAUUCCUGCUUGAAGUUCCAGCGUGCGCCCAUGGGCAUGAGCCACGACUCCUACAUCUGGGACCUGGAAAACCCCAACCGACCUGAGAUCGUCCUGAAGCCGUCGUCUCCUCUCGUCACCCUCGAGUACAACCCCAAGGAUUCCCACGUGCUGCUAGGGGGCUGCUACAACGGGCAGAUAGCCUGCUGGGAUACCCGGAAGGGCAGCCUGGUGGCAGAGCUGUCCACCAUUGAGUUCAGCCACCGAGACCCAGUGUAUGGCACCAUCUGGCUGCAGUCAAAGACGGGCACCGAGUGCUUUUCAGCGUCCACGGAUGGGCAGGUCAUGUGGUGGGACAUCCGCAAGAUCAGUGAACCCACCGAAGUUGUCAUCAUGGACAUCUCCAGAAAGGAGCAGCUGGAGAACGCCCUGGGCGCCAUCUCCUUGGAGUUCGAGUCUACCUUGCCAACCAAGUUCAUGGUGGGCACCGAACAGGGCAUCGUCAUCUCCUGCAACCGCAAGGCCAAGACACCAGCCGAGAAGAUCGUCUGCACCUUUUAUGGCCACCACGGCCCCAUCUAUGCCCUCCAGAGAAACCCCUUCUACCCGAAGAACUUUCUGACUGUUGGUGACUGGACAGCCCGCAUCUGGUCCGAGGACAGUCGGGAGUCAUCGAUCAUGUGGACUAGGUACCACAUGGCUUAUCUCUCUGAUGGAGCCUGGAGUCCUGUAAGACCAGCCGUUUUCUUUACCACCAAGAUGGAUGGAACCCUGGACAUCUGGGACUUGGUGUUCAAGCAGUGUGACCCUGCCCUCAGCCUGAAGGUGUGUGAUGACCCGCUCUUCUGCCUCCGGGUUCAGGACACCGGGUGUCUCAUCGCCUGCGGCUCCGAGCUCGGAACAACCACUCUGCUGGAGGUCUCCAGCAGUCUCUCCACUCUCCAGAGGAAUGAGAAGAACAUAGCUUCUUCCAUAUUUGAACGUGAGACCCGGCGGGAAAAGAUCCUGGAGGCCCGACACCGCGAGAUGCGGCUGAAGGAGAAAGGCAAGGCAGAGGGCAAAGAGGAUGACCAGAAGGAGGAGGAGGCAGCCCUGGACCUCGAUGAGCUAGUCGCCAAAGCUGAGGAGGAGUUCUUCGAAGUCAUCUUCUCAGAGCUGAAGAGGAAGGAGGCAGAGGCCUUGAAGAAGAAACCGAAGCCUAAGAAAAAAAGCGUAGAGGUGGAAGGCGAAGAAAUGGUGGAAGUAAGUGCUGGAGAGGAGGAAGAUGCAAGCAUCAUAGCGGGUGAAGACGCAGGCGAAGAGCAAGAGGACACGCCCACCUAGGGCAGCCUCUGCCCACAGCACUGUCCACGUCUGUCCUGCCCACACGUCUGCCCACACGUCUGUCCUGCCCACAGGACUGUCCACUGUCCACUGUCCAAGUGCAAGGCCAAGGCUCACGGCUUGGCCUUGCACUUGAUACCUUCUCGUCUGAAAAACGAAGAAUUGAGUUUCCUUCCUCAAUAAUUAUUGGUGGGGACAGAUCAGGGACGAGUCACUGGCCCACACUGGGCCAAGCCCUGAGUGCACCCUUCUCUAGGGUGAGAAGGAGCAGGGCUUGCUUCUGUGCUAACCCCCCCAGCCUCUGCAACCCUGAGGCUAACUCAGACUCAGGGCACACACACAGCCUUAAGUCAAACUUUAGAUGGGUCCCUAUAUUGUGCUUAUCACGGGUUAUCCAAUGAGUAGUUACCAAUGCCUUUUCCCAGAAGCUUCCAGAGCACAGCUGAGUUUGCCUCCAUGGCAGAAGGUUGCCUCUGGAGCACCUACACAGAGGCAAGCUCUCUCUCUCUCUCUCUCUCUCUCUCUCUCUCUCUCUCUCUCUCCUCACCUGCUUGCAAAUCAGAACAGAACUUUAGUCUCCAUCACAAUACCCUCCCAAGCAACCCCCCAGGGGGCAUCUUGACAUGCUGUCACAUGGUGGGUGCGGCCCAAGUGUGGAGAGUAGGUUGGUAGGAUGGUCCUCACCUUCCCUGUACACACAAGGUUAUUAUUGCUCUGCUUCUUGUAACAUUAAAAUCAGUGAUACCAACAGUUGGUACUUGUCACGCA